AUGGCUAGCCCACAGCUCACAGCCAAGGAUGACAUCUCACUGUACGAUCACGCCCUAGGCCAUGUCACUGCCCCUGCUGCUACUGCUGACAGCACUGCUCGCUCACAGUGGCAGACCCGUGAUGCCCACGCUCGCUUCGCCAUUCGCAACUCCCUGCCGAUAGACGAACGUGAGCACUUUGGUCAGCACAAGACUGCACAGGCACUGUACACAGCUGUAGUUGCUCGCUACUACUCACCUGCCUCUGCCGCACUAGGCCGUUUCUCCCUCCCCUACCUGUUUCCCGACCUGGCCUCCUUUCACACAGUCGGUGACCUCAUCAAGCACCUCCGUACUAGUGAGGCCCGCUUCCGUGCCGCCAUGCCUGCUGAGUUCUUUGCCACGCACCCCCCUCCACUCUGGCUCACUCUCUACCACCUAGUCACCCGCCUCCCUGACACACUGCGUGCUGUCAGGGACCACUUCCUAGCUCGUUGCCCCACUGAGCUCACCAUUGCAGCUGAGACUAGCAUAGUCGCUAUAGGUGCCUCUCGUGGCGACCCCCGUACCCCGUUCUUUGAGGGGUGUUCUCCUUCCCCCCUUCUUCCCUCUGUCGCCUCUGCUGCUGCUGUCGACCUUCUUGGUACUGAGAAGGUCGGCGCUGCGUCUGCCUCGAGCGGACGCCGUAGCGGCAAGGGCAAAGGGGGCAAGGGUGGUGGCGAUGACGGCGGGGGAGGCGGCGGUGGGGGCGGUGGAGGCAGUGGGGGUGGUGGCUCGGCUGGAGGGGCGAGUGGUAGCGGUGGGGGUGGUGGCGGCAGCGGCGGGCGAGGUGGCAGGAGUGGAGGCGGCGGUUGGGGUGGCGGUGGACGAGGCGGCGGCAGGGGUUGGGGUGGUCGAGGAGGUGGCAGCGGUGGUGGUGGCCGUGGAGGCACUGGCGGUGGCCAGGGCCAGCAGCACACUCCCUCGCCCCAGGAGGUCCGUGAGUGGUACUCUCAGCACGGGGGUGGGGGUGGUCUUAGCUGCACGUACGUCAUUCGCACUGGUGACCGCACUGGUCAGCAGUGUGGACGACCGCACGCCACACAACGCUGCUUCUCUCGUCUCGACGACGCUUGGCGUGUUCAGUUCCCUCAGGCCACUGAGCUGCCCCGCUGGCUUGAUCUCCUGAAGAAGGGGAUUGAUAUCUAUGCUCUAGACUUUGAUGCUAUUUUAUCUGCCAUGUAUGUGAUGUCUACUAGUGGAGAGGGUGCUGAGUACUUGUGUGUGCCGCCCGACCCGGGCAUUAGGGCCAGUGCGUCUGCCGCUCCAGGUACUCGCGUGUCGGCUACCCCAGGUGCUGGUGAGGCUGCUGCUCUAGGUGCUCGUGUGUCUCCCCCCCUUGGUACUGCGUCGACUGCCGCACUGCACACCUUCACACUGGACUCAGGUGCUUCUCGCUGCUUCUUUCGUGACCGCACUGCCCUUGAGCCGCUUGCUCGGCCAGUUGCUGUCUCCCUUGCUGACCCCUCUAGGGGUCCGGUCAUUGCGACCUCUUCCACUGUCCUUCCCUGCCAUGCGGUCCCGUCGAGCACACUAUCAGGUCUCAACCUCCCCUCGUUCUCUACGAACUUGGUGGCAGGAUGUGCACUCCAGGACGGGGGUGUUCACCAGUUCACCCCUGCCUACGAGCGCGUGACACACUGCACGUGUGCUCGUACGGGCCGUCACUUGGCUACCUUCACUCGGCAGCCGGGGUCGGACCUGUACACACUGACUACUGAGUCCCCUCAGGUUGCUGCGACUGCGUCCGCGUCCGCGUCAGGUCAGCUGUCCGCCCCCUGCUCGUGUCGCUCUUUGGCACACGAGACUGUCCUCUGGCACCACCGCCUUGGCCACCCGUCUGUGCAGCGGCUUCGUGCCAUGCACUCCCGGUACCUUGUCUCUGGCCUGCCCAGGGUUCUUCCUGCCAUCCCACCCUCGCCUGCUCCUACCUGUCUUCCUUGUGUCGAGGGACGGCAGCGCGCCGCUCCUCACUCCUCCUCGUUCCCCCCGACGACUGCUCCCUUGCAGACACUCCACAUGGACGUGUGGGGCCCAGCCCGCGUCCGUGGUCAAGGUCAGGAGAGGUACUUCCUGAUAGUUGUUGACGACUACUCGCGCUACACCUCGGUCUUCCCCUUGCGCACCAAGGCUGAGGUCCCUUAUGUCUUGAUCCCUUGGAUCCGCAGAGCCCGUCUCCAGCUCAGCGAGCGUUUUCACUCGGACUUUCCAGUCCUGCGCUUGCACUCUGACAGAGGUGGUGAGUUCUCCUCCGACCUCUUGGCAGCCUACUGUGCUGAGCACGGCAUUGAGCAGUCGUUCACGCUUCCGGCUUCUCCACAGAAGGAUGGGGUUGCGGAGCGCCGCAUUGGCCUGGUCAUGGAGGUCGCCCGUACCUCCUUGAUCCAUGCGGCUGCCCCCCACUUUCUGUGGCCGUUUGCGGUCCGGUACGCUGCGCAUCAGCUCAACCUCUGGCCCCGUGUCUCCUUGCCGGAGACCUCGCCCACGCUGCUGUGGACGGGGGAGGUUGGCGAUGCGUCACGUUUCUGGGUCUGGGGGUCUCGAGCUUUUGUCUGCGAUUCGUCUGCGGACAAGCUCUCCUCCCGUGCUGUUCCCUGCGUCUUCCUCGGCUUUGUCCCAGACGCGUCUGGUUGGCAGUUUUACCACGCCACCUCGCGCCGAGUCUUGCCCUCUCAAGACGUCACUUUUGACGAGUCCGUCCCCUACUACAGCCUCUUCCCCUACCGCACUGCCCCGCUCCCCCCCCCGCCUCUCUUCCUCGCGCCAGCUGUCGACUCUCGUCCUGCUGGGGGUGCUGAGCCUGGGGGUGCUGAGCCUGGGAGUGUGGAGCCUGGGGGUGUGGAGCCUGGGGGUGUGGAGCCUGGGGGUGUGGAGCCUGGGGGUGUGGAGCUUGAGGGUGCUGAGCUUGGGGGUGUGGAGCCUCGUGGUGCUGAGCUGCGGAGUCCGGAGUCUGGGGGUUCUGAGUCUGGAGGUACUAGGCCUGGGAGACCUGCACCUGGAGGAGCCCUCUCCUCGGAGCAGCUGCGUGCGUGGUACUUAGAGUACUGCAGCCUCCGGAGAGGUACCGCUCGAGCCGGACGUACUACUGGGACUGGUGCUAGUGCUUCUUCUCCCGUUCGGGAGCUCCCCUCCCGCGAGUGGAUCCGUGGGUGUUACGAGCGGCGCUGCACUCUUCAGAGUGGCGUGCCUCGUGUUACGGACCCCGCUGCUGUUGGAGCUGCUGCUGGUGCUGGGGACCCGGGCGUUGGAGCUGCUGCUGGUGCUGAGGACCCGGGCGUUGGAGCUCCUGCUGGUGCUGAGGACCCGGGCGUUGGAGCCGCUGCUGGUGCUGAGGACCCGGGCGUUGGAGCUGCUGCUGGUGCUGAGGACCCAUGCGUUGGAGCUGCCGCUGGUGCUGCGGACCCGGGAGUUGGAGCUGCUACUGGUGCUGAGGACCCGGGCGUUGGAGCUGCCGCUGGUGCUGAGGACGUGGGCGCUGGAGCUGCUGCUGGUGCUGCGGACCCUGGUGCGGGUGUCCCUGCUGGCUCUGGUGUCGCUGCUCAGUCUCGGCCGUACUUUUCGGCGUUACCGUCUGCCUCCUCUCUCCCUGGUCCUGCUCCUUAUACUGGUCCGACUGGAGGUCUUACUGAGCGGCGUGAGCCUGCGUCUCGUCCUGCGUUGCCUGAGUCUCGUCCUGAGUCGCCUGUCCGCACUGCUCUCUCUAGUAGUGGAGUCCAGCGUCAGCGUCUUCCUGCUGUCCCAGGCACUCACCGGAUGGCGCUUCGUCCGUCCACUGCUCUACAGCGUGUCCCACUGCCGUCUCCUCCUGCUUCCUCUCUUCCUGCUGUUGCUAACCCUGGGUCAGACUCUCUUUGUGCUACCAGUCCUACUGUCACGCGUCUCUUGGCUACUGUUGUCACUGACCCUUCCUUUGAGUCUGCUGCUGCGUCUGCCUUAGUUGCUGAGCUUGUCGACUUUGUUGCUCGCUGUCGUCUAGACUACGCUGCUAGCCUAGUUGCUGAGUCUGAGUUUGUCUGUCCUCCGUCCGUCGGGGGUGAGUAUGCUCUUGGCACUAACGUCCUUGAGGACAGGCAGGAGGAGAUUGAGUGCUUUGCUGCCGCUUUGCCCCAUCUCGUGUCCAUGCUUGUUGCCCCUGAGGGAGACCCGGAUGCACCAGACAUCCCGACCCCACGCUCUUACGCAGAGGCGAUGGCCGGUCCCUACUCCUCUCAGUGGCAGUCAGCCAUGGACACAGAGAUGGCUUCCUGGAAGUCCACAGGCACCUACGUCGACGAGGUUCCCCCACCUGGGGCGAACAUCGUCAGUGGCAUGUGGAUUUUCAGGGUGAAGCGGCCGCCGGGCUCUCCGCCUGUCUUCAAGGCGCGUUACGUUGCACGAGGCUUCAGUCAGCGAGAGGGAGUUGACUUCUUCCAGACCUUCUCCCCGACCCUGAAGAUGACCACUCUUCGGGUUCUACUGCACGUCGCCGCUCAGCGUGACUACGAGCUCCACUCGCUUGACUUCAGCACUGCUUUCCUGCAGGGCAGCCUGCACGAGGAGAUCUGGCUGCGCCGUCCACCUGGCUUCACUGGGUCGUUCCCUCCUGGUACCCAGUGGAGCCUCCGACGGCCAGUCUACGGUCUCCGCCAGGCGCCUCGUGAGUGGCACGACACACUGAGGACUACGCUCGCGGCUCUUGGGUUCGCGCCUUCUACUACUGACCCGUCGCUGUUUCUACGCACCGACACCUCACUGACGCCGUUCUACGUCCUUGUGUACGUCGACGACUUGGUCUUUGCUACUGCUGACACUGUGGCACUCGCCCACGUGAAGUCGGAGCUGCAGAAGAGACACACGUGCACAGACCUGGGUGAACUGACAAGCUAUCUUGGCUUGCGGAUCACCCGGGACAGAGCACGCCGCACCAUCACCUUGACUCAGUCACACAUGGUGCAGCAGGUCCUUCAGCGCUUCCGCUUCACGUACUCCUCGCCUGAGCCCACUCCUCUGCCUACCGGUCACUCGCUCUCAGCUCUGCCUUCGGAUGAGUCCGUAGAGCCGAGUGGCCCGUAUCCAGAGCUUGUGGGUUGCCUCAUGUACCUGAUGACCUGCACUCGACCAGACCUUGCAUACCCUCUCAGCAUUCUUGCACGCUAUGUCGCUCCCGGCCGUCACCGGAAGGAGCACAUGGAUGCAGCUAAGAGGGUGUUGCGCUACUUGUGCAGUACGUCGGGCAUGGGGCUAAUGCUUGGAGGGCGAGUCCCAGUUUUUCUCACUGGGCACUCAGACGCUUCUUGGGCAGACGACCAGGCUACUCAGCGGUCGUCUCAGGGUUACUCCUUCAGUCUUGGCUCUGGUUCAGUUUCUUGGCGUUCUACUCGCUCUUCUUCUAUUCUCAGCUCCAGUUGUGAGGCUGAGAUCUACGCCACAGCCAUGGCGGCCCAGGAGCUACGCUGGCUCACCUACUUGCUGACCGACCUUGGAGAGCAGCCUCGUUCUCCUCCAGUGCUGUACGUCGACAACAAGGCAGCCAUUGCCUUGUGUGAGGAGCACAGACUGGAGCACAGAACGAAGCACAUUGCUCUGCAUUACUUCCUUGCUCGAGAGCUGCAGCAGCGUGGUCAGCUUCGCCUGCGUUACGUGGCCUCUGAGGCCAACACUGCUGAUGUGUUCACCAAGGCGCUUCAGCCUUGUGACCAUCAGCGCUUUUGCACUCUUCUAGGCCUUGUGCCUACUGGACCUCACUUGCUUACUUCUUGA